AUGGACAGAUUCUGGGAGUUGAGCAAAUUGUGCAGCAGAGAUGCUGCACCCAAUAGGGAGCAAUGUGAGGAUUCCACCAAGAGAGAAAGGACAUUGUGGGAAUGUGUGUUGCUGCUGCUACCUCCCCAGCUCUGUUCCCUGAAGCUCCUGGCAUUGGCCAGAAGUGAGUCAGGCCCCCAAGCUGGCACUGGGGCCUGUGGAGCAGUUUGGGUUUGUUGUGGUUUUCUAUGCCAAUGGUUAGCUCCCGGCCCUGCUGGUGGCUGGACCGUGGAACGUCGGGGCCUGGGUGUCCACUCGCGCUCCAGCCGCCGCCCUAGCACCUUUCAAAAGUCGCUGGAGGCCCCGCGAUCCCCGCUGCCUCGGUGGGGCUCCCAGCUCGCUCGCCGGCCCCUGCAGCCCUCUCUCCUAGGCUUUCUCUGUUCAGCCCACCCCCGUAAGGUGCAGGAGCCAGGUCUGCGCCGGCAGAGGAGCCCCGAGGCCACCCCGGAGCCUUGGCGCCUGGCUGCCCCGCCUGGACCAGCAAGUGUCUCUCCUCAGCCAGUACGCGAGCCUUGGCGAGGCCGCAAAGGCGGCCGCAUUGACGUCCACUCAGCACCCUCAAAGUGCCUUCCUUCAGAAUCAGAUGAAGAAGCAAAACUUCUUGGCCACUAUGAAAACUCUGAUGACAACAAGGAAAACUUCAGUAAGAUUAAUUACCAAAUAGAAGAAAAACCUAGAAAACUCAAUAAAGAGUGGAAGGCUCAUCUGAACAGUCAGCAUUCACAACUGUGUAAUGACAGAGAAGACAUGAUAGGUUUAGAAAGCCAUAGUCUUUUGAAGAAUGCUUCAAACAUUUCCAGCACUUCAGCUUUUAAGAAGUACAAACAAUUUAAAAACAAAAAUCUUGAGAAUGAUAUAAAAAGUAGUCCGGAGCAAAAUGAACCAACCAAAAAUGAUAAUGGCCAGAACCAAGCUUUUUCUCUUUCAUCUCUGUCUUUAUCUAUUAUGGAAAAGAAAGCAAAGGUGAAAAAAGCUUCUCAGAAAAGCAAUAGUCAAGACCAGCUGCCAGAGAAAAAUUUUGGAAAAGUUUGUAAAAGUCCCAAACUAUCAAAGAAGAGUAAAACCAAGACCAGACCAUUCCGUCAGCACUUGCAUGACCUCCCAUCACAAGACUCUUACUUAAAUGACAGUGAUGAAGAACAGAUAGCCAGCAUUUCUAAAAACAGCAAAGAUGGUAAACCCUUGUAUAAACGUAAAGGUAUUAAUUCUGCAUUAUGUUAUUUUGAAGAUAGCAUCCUAACUGGUUUUAAGAAGUGUAGGAAAUCACAUAAGGGAAUCUCUAUCAGGAAAGUACAAAGGGCUAAAACCCCUGAAACAAACAGGUAUCACCAAAGUGUCCUAGAACCUCUUCUGUCAUCAAGUCCUAUUACCCUGGAAUUAAAAAAUUAUGACUCAGAAGAGGAAUUCUCUACAGGAAGCCUGUCAGAGAAGAGGGAUUCUUUAACAGUGAAGUCAAGCACUGAAGAAAUGUGCAGCAGUUUUGAUCAUAGCCAAGAUAUUUUUUUAACACAGAGGUCUUUAUCUUCAGAGCAUGUUUCCAAUAGUUGGAACAGCUCUUUGUCUUCACCAGCUCCCAAACGGGCCAAGAAUGGAAGUAGUGAAUGGAGCGAUAAACCCACCCAUUCUCCAGAUAAUUUGUCACGGUUAUCUUCAAGUGGAGAAAUUGUCCCAAAUGGAGAAAUCAUUCCAGAUGAUACUAAUCUUUCUCAGAAUAAUUUGAAAUUCUUUGAGAAAAUCAGAAAAUAUUCAAGUACAAAAGAGAAAGCCAUUCAGACAGAGGAUUUCUUUGGUUCCUCAGGAUUAGCUACCUCAUUCCUCUUAAGAAAAGAAGUAGAUUUAUAUGAAAAACCCCUGGACUUGACUUUGCCUGGGAGAAGCAGGUCUUGGGUCAAUAGUGCUGAGAAUGUUUCCUGUGCCAUGUUGGCUGCUGGUGAUGGGGUUCACUUAAUUUCUGAAAAUGUUUCUGAGACUAUUUGUUCUGUAGAAGAUCAAACAAUAGGUUCAGGGCUAGCAACUGCUGUUCUUAGUGAAGACAGUGAGAAGUGUGUUUGCCAUCAGCUGAGAAAAUCAAAUGAGAUAAAUUAUAUUCAGACAAAACUUAAUUCAUCCUUUUUCUUUAAAAUGAAAGAUGAACCAGACACUAACAUUCCUAAAGAAUCUUUAGCAAAAUUAAAGAACCAAAUAAAAAAAUAAUUCUAUAUAGAAAUUGAACAGAAAUAGUAGACACACAGUUUUAAGGCAGUUAUAUAAUUUGCAUGUUCCUAUAUAAUAUUUUGCAUUCAAGAAAGAUGGAAUUUCUCAUUUAAUUAUAAAUGUAUAUUCUUCAUAGGUUUAAGAAAACAGGCUGAGGAGUUGACAACUUAACUUCUUUGUGAUUCUAAAGGGGAAUUUGAACCAGUGUAGAUACCUAAAACAGAGAAAGCCAAAGCCUGCUCCAAUUUUGAAUUAGAAUGUACUGUAUUAAUAUUAGUCCUUUAUAUUUCCAAGAAGUAAAAGUGAUAAUGCCCACUGGGGUUAUGUCUAUAAUACAUUAAAAAGCUGAGAUGAUAGUGGAAAAAUUAAGUCAGUCACCCAGUGUGUGGACAAGACAUCAUCAAAGAUAGAUACCUUUUGGCAACACGUAGAAAACCUGUAUGUAGUUUUGCUUGCCACAAGUUGUAUAUCAUUAAACCAAGCUUUUGUAAGCUUAGUCUCAGUGUGCUGAGCCAUAGCCAUUAAUUUUCAGUAUCAUGAGCAGUGGGGGAAAAACUCUUGUCCCCAAAUUUUCACCUGGGCAUUUAAGGGGGAGAGGGAUGUCAUUUCUGGAACAGUCAUUUACCUAAGACUAGUGGUCAGCCUGCUCAGUUUUCUUUAUUGUCCUCAAUUUAAGACGAUAUUGAAAAAAAUGUUUAAAUGAUACUCUCUAGGUAUUUAGAAUGUCUUUAAAUUGUCUUUCAUAUUUUCUAACCAAUAGAUUUAGUAGUUAUUGUAGGGAUGAUGUUGUGUAAGGAAAGGUAGGAAGUAAAAUAAUUGAAUAUACUUUAUAAUGGAGAGCUGUUUGGGGGGGUCUAAAAUAAUUUCAUGUUGUAUUUGCCUUCAAAUAUUUCCUUUUUCCUAAAUUUUCAGCCAUGAACAUUAGAAACAAUUUGAUUUUGUUCAAUUGUUCCUCCUCAAAGAUGAAAAAAGGAGGCUAAUUUUAACACCCCCAAUUUUUAGUAUGUAUGACCUGUUACGUGGGGGGGGGGGGUGUAUAUGUGUGCAUGUGUUUAGGUGUAGAAUACUGAUCUCUUCAUUCAACAUUCACCAAGUGUUAAAAGCUGGUUCCAAAGAAUAAGUUAUAACUUGAAUUAACAUUGUAUUUAAUUAAAGAGAAAAUGUGAAAUAAAGUUGUAAACUUUUUCUUAUUCUUUGACUUUAUGUUGAAAUAAAAGUCCUUUAUGCAUCGGC